CGAGUGUGUGUGUUGGAAUGCUGCCUCUCUGGGAAUGUUUUCCACUUUCAAUCCCCCCCACUUUUUUUCUCCCUCUCGCAGUCCUUCUCACAAGGCGCUCUUUAAGCUCCGGUGUCGCCACACAGAGCAGCCAUUCAUCGGCUCCACGUCCAGCCACACGCACUCCCAUGUUGAACCACUGUGCGUCUCUACUGGCGUAGCGGAUUUCGGUGCGUAAAAAAAGGAUCUGGUCACAUUUACGCACCGCUAUGGCUUCGUAUUAGAGGAGUCCACACGAAGUGGCACCAUCGCAAACUCCACAUAUUCUAUUUCAAACUCUUUUAAAUCAAUUUAAAGUUGUUGUUAAACAAACUAAACAGUUUAAAAAUGUCCGGAGAGGAGCACAGCAUGUCCGAAGCGGAGCUGAGCCCCGGAGGUUCGGACGACGCUCACUCGCUCUCCCCGAGCCACGCCGGAGCUCCACCCGGUCACGACUCACCUCUGACCGGACCUCCGCCUCAGUUGACUUCGCUCUGUGUGGCGGACGGCUCCGGGGAUCACAGGUCCACGGUCAAGUCGGAGGAGGACGACGAUCGCUUCCCCAUCGGCAUCCGCGAGGCGGUCAGCCAGGUUCUGGACGGCUACGACUGGACCCUGGUGCCCAUGCCGGUGCGCGUCAACAACGGAAACAAAGCCAAGCCUCACGUCAAGCGGCCCAUGAACGCCUUCAUGGUGUGGGCCCAGGCGGCCAGGAGGAAGCUGGCCGACCAAUACCCCCACCUGCACAACGCGGAGCUCAGCAAGACCCUCGGCAAACUGUGGAGGCUGCUCAACGAGAGCGACAAGAGGCCAUUCAUCGAGGAGGCCGAGAGAUUGAGGAAACAGCACAAGAAGGACUACCCGGAGUACAAGUAUCAGCCCCGGAGACGCAAGAACGGCAAACUGACGCCCGCUAAUGAGUCGGACAGCCCGGGCGAGGGCGAGGCCAGCCACUCCCAGUCUCACUACAAGAGCCUGCAUCUGGAGCACAAUGGGGGUGCGGGGUCACCUUUGGGCGAUCUGCACCACCAUCAUCAUCACCACCACCACCCUGCGAGUCAGGGUCACAGCCCUCCGACACCCCCAACCACCCCGAAAACAGAUCUCCAGUCAGGCAAACUGUCAGACAGCAAGCGCGAAGGGGCAGCCGGAGGGGCUGGAGGAUCAGGGGGGUCCAGGGGACCACUUGGUGUAGGGGGCGAAGGAUCCUCUGCUGGUCCUUCAUCAUCCGGCUCCAAGCCGCACAUCGAUUUUGGCACAAUGGACAUCGGCGAGAUUAGCAACGAGGUGAUGUCCAACAUCGAGCCUUUCGACGUGAACGAGUUUGACCAAUACUUGCCCCCCAACGGGCAUCCCCAAGGCAUCGCCGGAGCCCCCGCUGCGGGGACCUCGGCCUCGUCCUAUGCCUACGCCCUGGCCGCUGCCAGCGGCCACUCGGCCUGGCUCUCCAAGCAGCAGCAGCAGCCUCAGGGCUCCCCUACGUCCUCUGACCACUCCAAGGCCUCGAUCAAAAGUGAGUCUGGGUCUGGGAGCCACUACGCCGAGGCCUCGUCGUCACCCUCUUCAGGCGCGCACGUCACCUACACGCCACUCAGUCUCCCUCACUAUGGCUCUGCUUUUCCUUCGCUGGCCUCCAGAGCUCAGUUUGAAUACGGAGACCACCAGGCCCCUGGGGCGUAUUACACCCACUCCAGUCAAGCCCCCGGGCUGUACUCAGCCUUCUCGUACAUGGGCCCUACACAGAGGCCUCUGUACACCACCAUAGGCGACCCCUCUAGUGUGGCUCCCUCUCACAGCCCCACACACUGGGAGCAGCCUGUUUACACCACACUCACAAGACCCUGAGGACAGAGUCCGGGAUAUAUGGGAAGCGGGCGAGAGCAACCAUGUGCAUGUGUUUGCCAAUGGGAGUUCGCAUGAUGUGCGCGUUUGUUUGUAUGUCUCCGCCAUAUUGAUGUAAUUAGAGGUUUUUACUUUUUUAGCUGAUAAAAUGCAUCCACAGUUGUUCAUUGGGGUUCUGCAGCCAAGCGAAACGAUACAUUUGGAAACAAUGUGUGCCAUCCUGAAUAUAAGUGACGAUGUACAGCAAUUGGAAAGAGGCCAAUGGAGUGUUUUAUAUACACGAAUGAUAACCCUGGAAAGGAUAUUGGACUGACAUCAUCCCAUUUAUUAACCAAACUAAAGGAGACUCUUGUAUUGUUUUUUAAAACCUUUUUUAUAUUGGUAGUGUCAUUGAUGUUGAUGUACUAGAGUACCGGUAACUUUAUUGUGACUGACAUGAUAAUACUGACACAGCGUCACCACUGCUUCUGGAACAUGUUUCGUUCAAACUUUGCCCCCAAUUAAGGCUUAUUUUUGGCAACGGUAACAUUUUUUCUUUGGUGAUAACUCAGUCUGUCUGUGUGUUUCUUUGUCUUCUAUCCUUUACUGCUUAUUUGAUCUGAAGCAUUUAUGGGAAUAAUAGGAAAAAGAGAGGGAAAGAGAGCUUCUAUUUCACAUUUUCGCUCCAUCUUGGACACUUUACCUCAACUCUCAUUGUCAUUUUGUGCCAAUAGCAGAGGACAUUUUCCAUGCCUGCUCAGUAAGAGAAAAUGUUGAACUAUCUCACUUUUCUUUCUUUGUAACAAUUUGCCGAAUCAACUAUGAUCGCUACCGUUUUGGAACAAGUUGUAGUACAAAGUUCGAUCCAGUCUGUUGAGAUGAUUGGCCAGCUUUGGGUCCUGCUUAAGGAUUACUUGGAAUCACAUGUACAAUAGUUCCGCAUUUUUUCUACUUUACCGUUGUUCCUAUAGAGCGGCCCAAAUAGGCUACCGUACUUCCUCUGUGGCGAUGUGAAUAAUAUUCAAUACCAUAUGGGCUUUACUUUACACUAUGUGAUGCUUACUUUCGAAUUUUAUACUGACCCUCUUACCAUGCAGUUUUUUUUCGCUAUAAGUAUGCCACACCUUUUGCUUCCUCCAUAUUUUGUAUAAUUCUGAAUCGUUUUGUAAAGUGUUUGCCAAGUAUUUUGCUUCCUUACAACAAAUAGUGAUGUUGAAAUAUUAUUGUUGUCAUCUAUUAAAUCAAUUUAUUUAUAAAAAAACAA